UGUGGCUGCUGUGUCCAGAUACAACGAAGCGGCCGAAACAAACGGAGACUUUUGCAUCGACUAGAAAAAUAGACACGCCACAGUCGAACAGCAGACGGUCGAGCCAGAAAAGAAAAACACCGCACAGACAGAUCGAACACACUGCCCUCUGUCGUUGCGGUUUGCGCACGGCCACUUACUCUUUUCAUUCGGUGGCUAAUGGAGCCUAGGUGGUGGUAAACCGUAGCUGCUAGUUGGCUGGCUGGUUUAGCGGUUAGAGCAAGCCUCGUUCGCGCUUGCUUGCUUGCUUGCUUAGUUACUUGUCUACUCUCGAACGUGUCGUCGAUGUUCAGCGUGCCAUCCAAUUAACAGGACGCGUAACACUGCUAUUGUUGUCCACUGAACACGAAACGGCAGCAACGACAACAACUACCGUAGCAGUAAAAAGCAACACUGCUACUCGGCGGCUGACCGUGCACAAUGUCCUCAAAUUAUUACUAUUUCGAUGUGUUAAUGAGUGUAUGACGAAAGUAGUGGUAGCUGCAGAUCGACACCGAAAACAGUGACGCCAGCGUGCCGUUAUAGUAGGCACUCAACUGAAGCCGCUGCAAAAAAAGCGGCCCAACGCCGAACGUCGUGGUGAACGUCGAUAGCCAGCGGCGGCAGCGGCGGCGGCGGCGGCGGCGGUAGCAGCAGCAGCAGCAGCAGAAAUGAUCCAAUCAUUCGCCCGCCAGAUGUGAGACAUCCUCGUGAGUACGACCAAAACGACGGUGGCGAUCCGACGCGGCUCACAACGACAAAAACGAGCAACAGAACGGCGGGCGACGACAAGCGUCGUGCUGAUUCAGAAAUCUACAGUAAGCCUUAGCUUGUAAGGAACUAGCGGCAGGUGGCUUAAAGUACGGCACCGCUUUGAACUGUUAAGGCACUGCAAUCGCGAGUGAAACUACUAGACAACUGGAACUCCAUGAUAGAGAGGUGUACAGAAUGAUUUAGUUGAGCUGGUGGACAAGCGCAGGCAAAUUUUGGCGAGACGAUUGGCUAAGUCAUCGGCAGGAUUAGGAUCAGCUGGCUACAUAAUUAUCAAAGCAUAAAUUUGUUAUUAGUACACAUUAAAUAAGCACCGUUCCCUGAUGAGUUGAAUAUAUAUCGGUAUAAGUGUCGAAGAGAACGAUUGUAAUUAGAUUUUUACGAGGAGCUGAACAUGUGGAACACUGUUUCUUGUUAAGCAAAAACGAACAAUUUUUAGCAGUGACGAUAACGGUGGUAAGACGGUAAUGGUGCUGUGAGACGUGAAAAAAACGCAUCCAGCACCUUGUUCAAUAACUAGCCAUCAUGUUGGUUUGUAGACGCCGUAGUAAUUAGCAAUGCCCUUGUUCCUACGGAUGAUAUUCGUGGACAGAACGAUCAGACAGAAAAGCGUCUGACAUAAGACGUCUCGUUCAUUUAAUUCUCUGCGUUUACUUAAUUUGAGCCACAACUGUGAGGGGUCUUUAGUCGAAAUGAGCGCGCAUACCCUGCGGAGUCGCGUGGCCGAUCUCUGGCGGAGCUUUUCAUUCAAGGACGGAUGCGAUGAGCAGCGGGAUGCUUCUGGAGUGUCAGGAGUCCUCAGAUCCACCAUGAACUCUGAUCAAAGACAACGAACUCAGCAACAUCAACACGACAGCUUUAUACACCGAUAUUUGAAUGGUGAGACUGGUGUCUUUGACAGCUUUAAUGGCCAUUCAGUUAACGGGCGCCAGCCUGGACAAAGUGGUGGGGGCGGCGGGAGUAAAACGCCGGGUGAUGGGCCGGCUUCGGCGGACGCAGAAAACGGCGUGGUUCCGGAGAUCCGGCACGGAAAAUCUUGCUUCGACCUUCCAAGCCACGCGUUGGCAUACAUGCGUCCGCGGGUGGUCGCGGCUCACACCGGACCCAAUCGAGGCUUAUGCUCCGUCACGCCAGAUCCAAUCAACGCUGAGUCGAGUAGCAACGUGAAUGAGGUCCCCAUACAACAGGUUGAGCAGCAGCGGCAGAAGCAGAAAGCCACACCAAAGGCAUUCUUUCCUACUCUCGACACGAGCAUGGAGUUCAUCGAUGAAUCUUCGCCGAAGAGAUCACAAGUUACGAAUGGACAGCCAGAGGAAUCCAUAGAGGUAGCUGGCAUAAGAAACUGGAAAUCGCCGACGGAUUUCGCUUGUGGUAUAGCUACAACGUUAUAUGAGUGCAAUCCACUAACGCACGAAAAUACCGGCGAACCGAUAGCUGACGCGUUCGGCCUCGUUGUCCGCGAAAAUUCGGCGAUUCUAGCUAUUGCUGAUGGGGUAAAUUGGGGUGAAAAGAGCUGUCUUGCCGCCCAGUGUGCGAUUCAUGGCUGCAUUGACUAUCUUAACAAGGCAUUGUUCGGUGAAGCUCACAGCGUGUCCUCGACCCUCGACGUGUUCGCCUGCCUUCUCCGCUCGUUUGAGGCAGCUCACCAUCUCAUCUUGCAAAAAAAGGGUCUCCUGACGACGCUCUGCGCCUGCGUCGUCUGUCCAUUAGAGGGUGGACGAUUCGCCGUUUGCGUCUGCAACGUUGGAGACUCGUUUGCCUACAUCUUUAGCGAAAAACAUGGAGUUCGAGAAGUUACACUGGGAUCUCAUGAUAUCUAUUCUAUGCGCGAUAUGCGGGACGCUCUUGGGGCAUUGGGUCCAGUUGAUGGAGAAAAUCCCGAGUUGAAUAACCUCACGUUAUCGUUAAGUCUCGCCGAAGAAGGUGAUGUUAUUUUUCUGACGUCGGACGGCAUCUCAGACAACUUUGACCCCGUCGUUGGCAAGUUCGCGCUGGCGAAAAAGGCGCCUCCUGGCGGUUCAGAGGAGAGAACUGUGUCAGCCGGAGGAGCCAGUGGAACAGAACGAGGCGGCAGUGGCCGAGGAGAACGGGAACGCACCUUGAACCACCGGAGUGGUGCCGGCGCCAGCGUGAAACGCUCGGCCAGCCACAGGAUCGCAUCGUCCAACGAGCGGAAUUCCCUGCCAAUUGUGGAGGCUCAUCAGCGGCACGCUCUCACCCUACUCCGCAUGGAAGACCUGUUGCGACACGGUGUCGGUGGUCAAGAACAGGAAAGAAGUGCCACGGAUGCCCGACAGGUGUGUGAACGUAUGGUAGAAUUUGCUACCAGGUUGACGAUGGCUAAGAGAAGAAUCCUUGAAGAUCCCGAAUUGUAUAGGGACGAACACUGCACAAAUAGGGAGCGUCGCCAACGGGUGUGCCAAAAACUAGCUCUAGUUCCGGGUAAGUUAGACCACGCAUCCCUGUGCGCCGUGCGACUCGGUAUCCAUCCCGCCGAAGAUAUCAAUGUGAACGCUUCUACAAGUAACGGAAAUCCUAUAAUGGCAUCUGCAUCUCCCGCGUCGGCCAACUCGAAGGUCGAUCUAUAUGCCCCCCGAAGGUCGAUAGCAGAAGCACGUCGUGCCUUCUUCGAAUCCUCUAGUGGAACCCCAUCCGCACCGGCUAGCCCCGAUGCCGGCGCGUAUACGACCCCCGAAAAGAAUAACAAUCUAACUACUCCUUCCACGAGCACGACUAGCAGCUCGACUAACAAUACCGCCAGUUCCACUGCCGCUUCUACCCCAUCAAUAUGCCGCGCUUCCAAAACCCACGAUCAUUCCCAGCCUAUUUCCCGACCACCAAGCAACCUCUCAAGUAAUUCCAACAAAGUCAAUUUCAAUUCAAACGAUUCAGACGUAACAGCAAAACAGCUUCAACAAAGUACUUUCUCGAGUAGCUCUGCUAAAUCAGCAGCGGCUACGUCUACCGGCGAGCCCUCAAAGGCCGCCUCCUCAAGGAAGUCGUCGACAGGGAGUACCUCGUCGAAAAAGGCCCCCCUGUGCAAUUUUGAGUCCACAAUUUAGCCUGUUCUCGUCCAACGGAUGCCCAAAGAAAAUUCUGGCAAAAAUGUUACAGCAAGAAUAAAGUCUCAACGUGCGUAGAAUAUUGUAUGUACCAUAUUCUACUAUGGUAAAACAUUGACAACCAAACAACUGAGGCAGAUAUUUCUGACAUAGAUUACAAGGUGGUAGCAGUGAUAGGUUCCGCUCGGCUAAGUGUCGUGGUGUCGGGGGUCGAUGAAGACGGGGGAUCCGGCCAAAAAGGGAUGAAUGCUGCGAGGAAUAAAGCAAUAGCCUUAAACAGACGCUACAGCCAGGUGAAACGUAUCAAGUUGCGUUAUAUAUAUAUAUAUAUAUAUAUAUAUACAUAUAUAUUUAUAUAUAUAUAUUAGACCCCUUAGAGGAGAACUGUAGUAAUUGAUAGUUCAGGAUUGCCUGAUGGUUUAAACAAGUUCUUGACGGUUGAAGAGUCUUUUUUCUUCUCCUGUUAAGGUAACGGGAGGGUAAAAUAUCAUAAAAAUAGGGAGCAGAAGAAGAUAAAAUCAAGGAUCCCAAACUGUCAAGAGUUUAUUUUUAAAUUUCCAGUCAACUUUCGCCCAAGCUUGCAUAUUAUAUAAUUUUGAAUGGUUAAUGAUUAAGGAAGUUCUAAUUAAAGGAGAGAAUGUUAAUGCGUUGUACCCAAUGGGUGAAGAGUUUCUACAAAUUCAGAUUAAGGUCGCAGAAGUUUUCGGGGUAUGACACGACGAUUCUUUGGCGAAAAAGUAAAUUUUAGGCAUUGCUUACAGCCGCUGACUGUCUACAGUUGCUUAGCGAAAAGGAUCCAGGAAACGAGGUCGGACAAUUGCAUCCGUUUUGGGUGUAUGUGCGUGUUCGUGCGAUGAAAGCGAUUGUGAUGUUGGGGUCGUUGCAUUAGUGAUGGGAUCUCACCGAGAGACAUACAUAGGACUAUACGGAACAGCCGAAAACGGUAUAUAAAUGAAAGAUCUUCAUUCGUGUCAGCAAAGUCUAUUGUAUACCCACAGAGACGCUGAGGGAAUACUUGUGUUCGGUACGGGCGGCCUUGUUGCUGUCCUUCGAGUGAGCACUAUGAUUCUCACAGUCAUAGGUGUCGCGUUCUAUUGAGCUACAGGCUUAAAGUCAGAUAAAUUUGUCGAUGUAGACAUUGUAGAUUGUAGAUGCUGUUUGUAGAUGUACCGGGAAGGCGGAGUUCUUCAAAUACGCGUAGCCAAAACUCAGACGCAGACGACAAAGAGGACGCAGUUGCUACCGUCGUUCAACACGAAGAUUUUUAAAUACAUUGACAUUGGAUUAGAUUAUAUACGUGUGUAUAUGAGACUGAAUAGUAAGUACACGGUGAUUAAAUCAGCGACCAGAAAAAUCACAUGGUUGUACACGUUAACCGGCACUCGCAAGCUUUGCCCUUGUGCAACUAUAAUUUGUCGUUCGGGCUUAAACUGAGGAUACGCCAUAUUUGGCCAACCCUGUCUUAGUUUAGGUACAAAUAUUGUUUGUCUGAUGAUAGUGAUAUCAUAAUGAGGGAUCGAAGCAAAAUAUCCUAGCUGAAACGGACUAAUAUGUAGAACGACCAUUCCCCUCCUCGGCAAAUAGGAUAGAAAUGAAAUACGGUGUACUUGUAAAUACUUUAAGCAAGGCUGAAACGACAGGAAGGUACUUCGUGCGUUUCUUAUGGCAAUCGCAACGUAAUAGCUAACGUAGUAGGUAAGGAGAUGUGUGUCAUAUACCGCUCAGGGUCUAAAGAGCGCGAAAAGCUGGUGUAAGUAUAGCUACUUAAUAAAUACUAACACCAUUGUUUGCCACAGAAGGCAAUCGCUCCGUAACGCAAGGACUGAUCAAUAGACGAGAAGCUAGGCUUCAAUUAGCAAAGGACGAUGGCUGAUGGUCGAUUGUUGCUUGGAGUACAUGAUGACAAUGUAAGGUAUACUGCCCGUUUUUAAUAUAUCUACUGGCGUUCGCGUUGAGGGCUAUUUCUCUCUCGCUCCAGUUAUAUGGCAUUUUUUCGUCAGUUGGGGGCUUUUGUAAUCCACCUAACCUAUACAUCAUCAUUAUCAAAGUAGUGCAUCGUGAAAAUACAAAUCACAAGGAAGUGUCAAGAUUAUCAAGCGUAUCCCUCAAUGAGGUCAUAUCAAAGAUAUACUAGAAACAAUCCCGAGACAGCUCGGGUAGUUUCACUGCCAAUUACCACAAUUGAAAGACUUUGUCGAUUGGCGAGCACAGACAAGGUCCCUGAGUUAAGAGUUGGGACGCAGUGGUUCCCUUGGGAACAAGCCACAUAGCAACCUGCCAAAAAAAAGAGCGAUUAUCGUCUACACAUUUUUAUCGCAUCCGUGUAUCUCAAAUGUAGGUUAAUACGGUUUUGUUGUCAUUCUAUAUAAACUCAGUAUAAUUGUGUACCAGUGAACGGGAGCAAGAGAAUCCUGACGAUGACUAAAUCACAAAAAGAACUGCGUUGGUAUACUCCAUGCUCUCUAGUGAGGCAAAAAAGAUAAAUCUGCAAGAGAUAAUUAAGGAAGAAAUCUUCCGUUCCAUCAAUCAUUUUUUAUGUAACGUAUCCUGUUUUUUACUCAUUAUUGAUGUUCUUGUAGCAAAAAUCGAGUGAUUACCCACUGCAAUACCUUAGAGCUCUAUGCCGCCUCAUCGUUGCCAAUGGGUCUCUGCUGACGAGACGAAAAAAACAUGAAAGCAGACCGAGAUUCUAUAAUAGAUCAACUGUGGAUGUAGUAGCACUGAUGGUGAAACGAAUGCAAUAGGGCUUCUGAUAUAUAAUAUAUUAAGUUAUAAUAAGUAGUCAGUUUAGGUAUUAAUUAUAUAGUAAGUAAUCGUCAGAUAGGACGAUUAUGCGAGGGCUAUAUUAUUAAUAAAAUCCAAAUCUUAUUAAUAAUAAUUCAAUUCUUUUUCAUUUGUCGAAGUAAAAGUGUGGAACGAAGGGAAAAUAACAAAGACAUACAUAACUGACGCCGCGAGCAAAGCCGGGUGCUGGCGUUUCAUUCAUAUAAAACUAUUUACUUGGGAUAUUCCACAUGUUCUUUCGCCGCGAAAAUAAGAUACGCACGCACAAAGACAAACAAGCAGCACAUUGUUUU